GAGGAGCCGAUUUCAGCACCAGUCCCAGCCUGGGCCAGAGCCACUGCAGCGCAGGCCACCACCCCAUGGGUGUCAGUACAGCCGCUCGCAUACUCCCUGUCGUCUAGCCGGCAGAGCAUGAGGAGUUACUCUGAGUCAGUGCCGCGCGGGGUCAAAACCGAGAAGCUGACAUUCACCCAUCAAGCGGGUCAGUGCUGCCGACCUGUUCACAGUGAGUAUGCUGACCACUCUACGGUCACCCACCAGGGGAUCUACUACCCUCCACUCCAGAGCAAAACUGGCAUAGCCAGGGAGGUCUACAAGUGGCUCCAGAGUCUGGAUCUGAGUGUGGAAUACACAAACAUCAGGAGGGAUUUUUCCAAUGGCUUUCUUGUGGCUGAAAUCUUCUCCCGGUACUUUACUGAUGCCUCUACGCGUCUUGUCACCAAUGGGGUAUCAUUAACCAGAAAGAUGAAUAACUGGUACCAUCUGGAAAACUUCUUCAAAAGGAGAAACUUGAGCUUGCCCAGGAAUCUAAUUAAUGGCACUGUUCAUCGUUGGCCUGGAGCAGCAGAAUCGUUAAUACAGUACAUUCAUAAUAUGCUAACAAACAGAAAAGCAAAACUCAUCAUGGAUGAUGAAACAGAUUUUAUGGACAGUAGCUACCAAAACAAAUUGCCAGCUGUUGCUCGGUCGACUGCUGCCCACGCUAUUAGAAGCAACUAUAGGAGCAGCGAGAUGGCCCUUGAACCUGACACUUUUAAGAUUAAGCAGAAAACACUGGGUAUUAUCAACGUACAUAUGCAACACAGGCAAACAGAUAAAAUGUCCAAAUCAAAGCGUUUUCAUAAAAAGCCCACUCUGGGAGAACAAGCUGUGAGACUUGCCCUCCCAGCACACAGGUACGAGGACAUGAGUGCCAAGAAGACAGAGAAAUCAGGAACUAUUCCACGUACAGAAUUGCAUACUUCAGAUAUUCGAAGUAAAAUCAAUGUUCAGUUUAAGGAAGUCAGUGUGAAGCAGAUUGUUAGACAUUCCAUUCCAAGUGUGCAACUUAGUACAGCGUUGUUUUAAAUAAUUAAAGAGGGUUUGGAAAUGGAGUCUGUAAGCUCCAUUUUCAGUUAGUAAUACAAUGGGUAUUUUGUUAUUUUCUUUUAAAAUGAAUAAUAUACAAAUCACCA